UCACCGGCAGCCAUAAAAACGGAGCUGGGGCUCACCGGGAGGAAGAACCGCACACAGCUGAAGCACGGAGCGGACAGUAGGUACACCUGGACACACCGGAGCUCCACUCAUGGACCUUCACUCCUCCAAGGACAUGAAGAAACCGAGGACCAAGUGCUGCAGCAUUAAGCUGUUCGUCCUGUGUCACGGCCUCCUGCAGCUCUCUCAGCUCCUGUACAGCGCCUACUUCAAGAGCACCAUCACCACAAUCGAGAAACGCUAUGGCCUCAGCAGUUACUCCUCAGGAACCAUUUCCUCUCUCAACGAGAUCAGUAACAGCGUGCUGAUCGUGUUUGUCAGCUACUUUGGGAAUCGGGUUCACCGUCCUCGCAUCAUUGGGAUCGGUGGAUUGCUGAUGGCCGUCAGUGCCAUGAUGCUGACCUUACCUCACUUCCUGUCUCAGCCCUACGAAUACGACUCCGUGUUACACAAUCGCCACGACAUUUGCACCCUGCAGGGCAACUCGAGCAACACAGAGUCUUGUGGUCAUGAUGAAACCAGACGUUUGAAAGACACCAACAACCUGUGGCUGCUCAUGGCCAGCGCUCAGCUGCUCUUUGGUGUCGGCUCGGUGCCCAUCCAGCCCUUUGGGAUUUCAUACAUUGAUGAUUUUGCUGGACCUGGAAACUCCCCUCUUUACAUAGCCAUCCUGUUUGCCGUCUCUGUAUUCGGGCCUGCCAUCGGCUACCUGCUGGGCUCCGUCAUGCUGCGGAUCUACGUGGACGUGGACAGAACUGGUUUAGGAGCUGAUUUGGAUCUGAGACCGGGUGACCCCCGCUGGGUUGGUGCCUGGUGGAUGGGCCUGCUCAUCACCAGCGGCUGCCUGCUGCUCACCUCCAUCCCCUACUUCUUCUUCCCUCGCAGAAUGCCAACAGAAGACAAUGCGAUUGGAAGUGAGACCGACUCAAGUGAUGACUUCAAGAAACCAGAUGCCUCUUUGCUGGACUUCUUGAAAAUGUUUCCCAGGAUGUUUGUCCACCUCCUGCUGAGCCCUCUCUUCCUGAUGCUGGUCCUGGCCCAGUGCUGUUUCUCCUCAGUGAUUGCCGGUCUAGCUACGUUCCUCAACAAGUUUCUGGAGCGACAGUACAGCGCCUCGGCCGCCUACAGCAGCCUGCUAGUAGGUGCUGUGAAUCUACCAGCAGUGGCUGUGGGGAUGCUGGUCGGUGGAGUCAUCAUGAAGAAAGCGUCCCUCUCUCUGAAGACCAUUCCUCGUUUCUCGGUGGUCAUGCUCACCAUCUCCACCCUCCUCUGCAUCCCGCUCUUCUUCAUGGGCUGUCCAACGCAGAAAGUCUCGGAGGUCAAUUAUCAAAUCGAACCGUAUGGGUCUCUAUCCAAAUGCUAUUCAAACUGCUCCUGUCCUGCCAGUGCCUUCCAUCCGGUGUGUGGCUCUGAUGGUAUCGAGUACAUUUCGCCCUGCCAUGCAGGCUGCACCAACUUCACCAAAGACCCAAACAGCACCCACAGGGUUCAGGUGUUCACCAACUGCAGGUGUAUAUCAGGGAGUCAGAGUCAUGUCCAUCCAGCUCCAUGUCCAAACAACUGCCCUCAUUUUCUUCUCCCCGUCAUACUCGUCAUCUCUCUAGCAGCACUGAUUGCCUGCCUCACUCAUAACCCCAUGUACAUGAUGGUGCUCAGGUCUGUUCCCUCUGAAGAGAAGUCAUUUGCUAUUGGAAUUCAGUUUUUACUCAUGAGAUUAUUAGCCUGGCUGCCUGCCCCUGCUCUGUUUGGGAUGGCCAUCGACACAUCGUGCAUUUGGUGGAAACGUGUGUGUGGAAAGAAGUUUAGCUGUGGUUAUUAUGACAACAACGUCUUGAGGAACCGGUACUUGGGCUUACAGGUGGGUUAUAAGGUCAUGGGCGUCCUCCUGCUGAUGAUGCUGGGCUGGAAGGUGCAGCGGACCCAGGAGUACAGUCUGGAAAAGAGGCCCGAAGGACUGCUGUGAUCCUGCUGAGACUCCCUGGAGAUUUGAGCCUCUCGGAGCUUUCAAACAUUUUAAAAAUGAGCGUGCUGAGGAAAGCUGUGUCAGUGGGAGGAAUCCAUUGUCAAGUGGACCCUACGCUGACCUUGUUUUCUGCAGCCCCACUACUGACCUAUCAGGGACUGGUUGGAAUUUAUGUUGUGGAUAUUUUAAAGGCAUAUAAUUGGAAAAACUCAGUAUGGCAUUACAAGUUCAAACAGCUAAAACACCUCUCAUUUGGUACCUCACAAUGUUUUAAAUGCUUUCAAGACACUGAUGAGACUCUGACUGAAGCUCAAACAGUUAAAUGCCUUUGUGUAUAUAACGUGUUCCUAAAAACUAGGAUUCUGUGGACGUUUCUGUUUGCAAUGGGAACAUAUUUUGUAACUAGUUAACUGUAUAGCUUAAUAUUUAAGUUUAUUUUUUAUGGAUGUUUGUCUCGUACACAGAGACAUCUGUGAUAACUGCAAUACUCAUUUCAUAUAUGAUCUUAUGUAACACUGUAAUUGUAAUGCUAAUGAAUUUACAGAUAUCAAGUGCAUACACUGUUACUCCUAAACAGAAUUAAAUAAAUUACCAUGCAUUAUGCUA